UUUUAGCACAAGAGCGGCGCUGUCGUCCGCUGAGAGGUGUUGAAAUUCAGUGACAGCUCGAGAGUGCAAAAAUUUUCAAAGGAGUUUUUCUUGUGGAGAAAAUUGUGAAAUUACGUGGUAAAUGUGCAGUAUUGCAGAGGAAAAAUUUGAUUUGUCGUCCGGAGCAGGCGGAGCACAGUAAUGGAGACGUCGAGAAAAUACCAAGUCAGCCCGUAUGAUCCCAACUUCAGCUCGGCCGCCCGGUACUCGCCACCCUUCUCGGCGGCCAACUCCACGCCCGCCUACAACAACGUCAUCUUCGUCCAGACGCCGGAAGCGCCGGAUGGCAAUCUGCUGGGCGUGAUGGGCAGCGAGGCGGGCCUCCAGCAGCGCCUCAUCGAUCCGGCCCAGACGUACAUCCUGUCCUCCACCAGCACCCGCGUGCUCAAUACCUACGUGCGCGCCGCGAGCGAGCCGGGACAGGCGGAGGGACACUACGCAAACCACCCAAAUGCUGGCCAAAUGGGUGGCGAGAUGGCGGUGGCGCCCGGCCAGGAGGCCUACCACAUGCCCGUGACCUCAUGCGGCGAGACUUACAUGGACACGAAGCCUCAAAUCAUCCUGCACAGAGACACAACUGGCAGAUUCUACCAAGAGGUGCCCAACGGGAUGCUGCAGGCGCACGAGGAGGGAGCAGGGAAUGUCGUUGAGCUGGUCUCGGGCCUGCAGGACAUCGCGCCGGAUCCCAUGAACAACUACGAACAGCAGUACAACGGAUAUGACGCCUCGGGAUGCCUCGUGGAUCAGAAUGACGGCAUGAUGGUGGUCAAUAAUGAAGCGGAGCGAAUUGAGUUGCUGGUGAACAAUGAACUGUCGGAUUAUGGGUAUAAGAAUCAGAACACCAACAUCAUGGUCAAUCAGUCUGGCAGCAACUAUUCGAUGGUGGAACAGCCUGGAAUGCUUCAGCAGCAGAAUCACGUGGAAAAACAUCCAUCGCAGGAGAGGCUUUUCCUGCACAGCAGCAUGUCCCCUCUAUUGGCUGCUGUCAACGACAUCACCAGUCGCGAAGAGCCUCACUUGUUGCCGGAUUUCCUGCUGCAGCAGCACCAGAUGUCCGGGAGUGCGACUAAUGUGAAGGCAGGCGAUCAGGAGGCUUCCUAUGACAGCAAUCACAAUGGCUCUGAUUCUGUGUCAAUGGAUAUUGACUUGAAUGACGGGAAGAUUCUGCUGGACUUUGCCAACAGUCAGGAGAGGGAUUUGUCGUACAAGAACAACCUGAAGAUUGUCAGUGUGUCAUCUCUGUCGGACGAAUAUGUGGACAUCAAUGAUGUGAAGAGCAUCAAUGAGAAGUACUGCGUCUUCUCCGGCGAUGAGAAAUACCAACAAGAGGAUUCUUUUUCGGCAAAAUCAUCUCUUCGGAAGUCUCAGAGGAAGAUUCAGAAAGACGGAUGUUUGUUGGUUGCUGAUAAACACGUUCCUUGUCGCGCCUGGGCGAGUCUGCCAACAUCUUACUUGUACAUUGCAAAAUCACCCAAAUAUCCAACUGAAUACAGCGUCUUUUCCAAGAAGGACAUACCGCUGCGUACGAAAUUUGGCCCCUUCGAGGGUGACCUUCGCGAGGUUGGCGAGGAGGAAGUUCGUCAUCUCAAGGCUGACUCGCCAAAGCACUAUCCUCUGCUGCUAAUCGAUGGAAAGAUGGUUCUAGAGACGGGAAAUGAGAAUACGUCUAAUUGGAUGCGUUUUGUUCGCUUUGCCGAUGACUUUAAGCAGCAGAAUCUCUUGCUCUUCGAGAGUGAGGGAAAGUUGUUCUUCAAGAGUUGUCAAUUCAUCAGAUCGAAGCAGGAAUUGAAGGUGGGCUACAGUCGAGAGUAUGCAGAGAAGUAUGGAUUGUCUGUGUUGAUUCCGGACAGCAAGCAGGAGAAUACUUGGCCAUGUUUUGAGUGUGAUGACAAGUUUCCCAACUCAGAGGCGCUGCAAGAUCAUCUCAAUCAGCACGAUGAUGUGUGCGAUGAGAAGAAGAGUGUGCAGAAGAAGCGAAAGAAGCCUCUUGGGGGCAACAAAGUGGCCUGUCCGGUGUGUCUUAAGCUCUUCUUGAGAUCUUCGCUACGCUUGAGACAACACAUGCAAACCCACUCGGGACAUCCGCUGGCGGAGAAGAGUCUCAGCGAUUGUGGCAAUAACAAGAUCGAUCGAGGGCGCAGAAUUGAUGGUAUUAAGGAGACUUUGAAGGAGGAUUCCAAGCAGUUUCUCAACAACAAGGAGAACAAGGACACUUUUCACAAGUUCAAGUGCUCCACUUGUCCAAAAUCCUUCCCAACAGCUGAGAGAUUAGCGCGUCACAACCUCGUUCAUGGCUCUAAUGAAUCCAGACCUCUUCGCUGCUCUCAUUGUCCGAAGCGCUUUGUCACCUCUUCCGCACUUGCUGUGCAUGUGAAGAUGCAUCUCAACCCUAAACGCUUGAUUGUUUGUCCGAUGUGCACGGAGGCCUUCAAACAUGGCCUGGUGUUUAAGUUGCACGUGAGAUCUCAUCUGGAAAAUGGGGUGUACACAUGCAAGUUCUGCCAGAAGAAGUUUAAGGAGUACAAAAUCAUCAGGAAGCACAUCAGGACCUUCCAUUCGGCCACAAAGCAUCCAUGUCAGCAGUGUGGCAAGCAAUUUCCAACGCUGAGCAAGCUUCAAAUGCAUCUCCUUAGGCAUUCGGAUCAUCGGGAGUUUCUCUGUUCGGAGUGUGGAAAGCAGUUUAAGCGGAAGGACAAGCUGAGGGAGCACAUGAAGAGAUCACACUCGGAUGAGGCGAAGGCGAAGAAGGAGAAGAUGGUGGAAAGAUCUCCGGCUAAUGAUUCCCCAGUCGAUGGACAGAAUUGCAAGGAGGAAAUGUCCGAAGGUGAAGCUGCGAAGAACAAUGGUGAGGAGAGUCCGAAGAAGAAGUUUUCACCGAAAGUGUCUCCCAAUGACUAUCAGCGCUUCAUCUACAAGUGUCACGAUUGUCUGGUGGGAUUCAAGAGACGCGGAAUGCUGGUGAAUCAUCUGGCCAAGAGGCAUCCAAUGGUGCCGAUUGACUCUGUGCCGGAACUCAAUUUGCCCAUCUUGAAGGAUCAGAAGUUCUACUACUGUCAAUACUGUGAGAAGGUGUACAAGAGCAAUUCCAAGCGGAAGGCACACAUUCUGAAGAAUCAUCCGGGAUUGGAAUUGCCAAUGUCGAGUCGCAUCAAGGGAAGUUGUCCGGAUGUGGGAGGAUUCUCCAAUUUGACGUACUCACAAACUGUCGGCAGCAUUACGACUCAUCCGCAGGGCUGCGCGUGGUGUCACAAGCAGUACGCCUCGAAGGCGAAGCUUCUGCAGCAUCAGCGCAAGAAGCAUCCUGAGCACAUCAAGGAGAUCGAGUUGUCCGCCCACUCGGCCUCCAUCAUCAUUCACAAGAGCGACCAGCAAGUGUCCUUCGACAGUCCCACGGGCUUCGAGAACAACAACUCGCAGUUCGACGAUCAAUUGGCCGUGGUGUCGGACACUGUGGACUAUGAGAACUACUCGCCGGACGGCGGAAACUACCUGGCGGCGUCGGAGGAGAGCAAGUUGAUCAAGAUCUGUCCUUACGACGCCGAGCUGGUGGAGCAGAAGGAUGUGGGAAGUCUGUCAAAGAUCGACGUGAGUCUGAAGGUUGUGGGCGGUGAGUUUGUGGGCGACGCCUCAUCGGCGGGCUCUGGGGACUCGAAUGGCGAUUUGUCGCGAUUGCCGGAGUUAUUCGAGGAGAUUGAGUACAUGCAGAUGAAGCCGGUGAUUCUGGCAACGGACAUUGAGCAGAUGCCGCCGAUCAAUGGGCGGCACAAGCUGAAUUCCACCAGCGGAUACUCACAGAGUGCCGGCUGAGGGUGAGCGGAGGGUCGUUUUUGUGGCACUCAAUCUCACAGCAUGGAAAUCUAGUCAAUGGAUCUUUGUUGAUUGUCCAGAUGCAACAAUUUGUCUUUGGGUGGUGAAAAAUCCCGCGAAAUCCUCGACAGUGGGAGGGAUUGGAUCCACAAAAAAAAAUAUUUUGCAAUUAUUUGUUGUCUCGCGUGGACACACAGACACUUGGCAUUGUUUUUGGAGUCCAAGAGCGUCCAUGAGACUGAUAAAUUUGUCCAGGUUUGACUUUCUUCUCUGUGGUGGAGAAGAAGCAAAUCGAUGAGAUUUGUAAGAUUUUUGCUUUGCUGAAAAAUGCACGCACUUUUUGUGAAAAGAAAAAAAAUAAGAAGAAGUGAAAAGCAAAAUUCCCAGAAAUUGGCAAAAGUAGCGAAAGAGAGAGAGAGAGAAAUCGUAAUUUUUUUCCAUAAUGAUAAAAUGUGGAGAGUUUUUUUGUGCAUUAAAGGAAGUCCGUGAAAAGUAUUUUUAUUGCCCAGCGACAAGUCAUUGGGCUUUUUGUCUCGAGUGUUUGAGUGAGUCUCUCUCAAGUGGGUUUUUGGCGAUUUAUUUUGACUGAAGAGACAGUGAAAAAGCUCUCUCAGUGUUGAUGAUGAAGAAAAAAACAAGAGUAAAUAAACUACAUUUUAGUGAAAUUUUGUCUCGUUAGACGAGUGAUGGGGAAAAUAUGUAUGUAUAAGUUUAUUUUGGUGAAAAAUUGUCGCUUUUCGCCUUCAGAAUCAGAGCUGAAGAUUGCGAGAUGAUAAGAAUUACAAACAACACAUGCUUAAGUAAGAUUGAUCAAAUUCUUAUGCAUCGAGAUAUUUCUAGGGAAAAUAGAUGAAGAAAAAAAAAGGUAGUUUUAUUCGCACAUUUGAAAAGAGAAUUGUAGGAAUUAGUGGAUUUUUGAAAGUCACUUUAAAAGCAAUAUUUAGGAGCUUUUUUUCCUCACGACAAAGAAAAAGAGAAGAUGAAAAAGACCUCGUUUUUUGUGUAGUGUUUGUACAAAAAUCCAGGGAAAAAGAACCAAGUUUUAUUUCCGUUUUAUAAGGCAGUCGAAUUAUGUGGCGUGACGCGAACAGAUGCAAUAAAAUGCGGCGUUGAGAUUGUGAUAAAAUGUGCUCUGAAGAUUGUUGAGGAGCGCAUAUAAGAUUGAUUUUUGGUCAGGUGACAUUUAACAUUUGCGAAUGAGAGUCUCCAUAACAAUAAAACUCUGUAUAACUUGUCCUCUAGUGCCUCUAUAAACUUGUAUUUUUAUCAAUUAAUUUGUUAAUCAAUAUGGGGAAGGAAUGCAUUGUGUGUAGUUUUAGUGGUUGAAGAGAUAGAGAAAGUCACAAUUUGAGUCAUGGAUUGUCUCACGAAUAUUUUGAUGAAGCGCCAAGAUAUUUCGCUUAAACAAUGUGUUUGAUUUCCUUCUUAUAAAAUCUAUAAGACACACAGACACACAUUUGUAGGCAAAGAAGGUGAGGAGGUAAAUAGUGAGCAAUGUGAGGAGAAAUGAUAGUAGAGAGAUAAUAAACUAUAUAGCAAUAA